AUGAAUGCUAAAAACCAUAUCUCCUUGUACAGGUCAAUCAUAACACCCACAAAACUAAGACUCACAAAGAAACUACUAGCGAUCCUGACAAGAACGGCAGAAGGUACCAUGGGACAGCUCACAAAAAGCCCGAACGUUGACCGCCAAAACGAGAAACGGCGCGAAUUGGGGCGAGAGGAAGGAGGCCGCAGGCGGCGGGGGGCGGAGAGAGGCGUCGAGGAGCGGAAUGCGGAAGCCCUAGCGGUGGACAUGAGCGAUCGGGAAAUCGAGCCACGCCAAGCCAUUUGUCGCUGUUGUUGCCUGAGUUGUUCGUGUGGAAACUGGAAGAAAUGUGAGGUGAGGGUUUAUGAGUUUAUCACAUCAGACAAGGGUUUUAGAGGAAUAAUUCGGUGCGACGCACGCACUUGA